AUGAUCGCCCCUCCGCCGACGACAGCUUACGAUAUUAAUACGGAAUACGAUAGAUUGCGUAAUCGGGUUGUAAACGGGCCGAACAAAGAAGGUGACGUGCGCGCCCGAGUCGCGGAUGUUACCGAAUUAACUACGACUUCAAAGUCGAGGUCGCACGAAUACGUCGCCUUCCGCGUUUCUUUAUCGAGCGAAGGCGAGUGGCGAAAGUGGAUUCCGGCCUGUACCGCGCCUCGGCUGGAGCGCUCCCGGGCUAUGUAUGUCAUCAAUUUAGGUGAGUCCGAGGCCGAGCGGACCUCGUCUUCGACGGCGCCGGAGUCUCUGCGUGCCGACGCGCACGGCGUACGUCGAAAUUCGGCCGCGACGAGGUCGCGACUGAGACCGUUGGCGCUCGCGGAUACGAAAUGUGCUCUAACUCCGGAGAUAACUUUGUAA